AGCGGAGCGGCGCGGCGGGCGGGGCUGGGGAGAGGCUGCGUCCGGAGCGGCGCCUCCGGAACCUGGCCGGCUGCGGGCCGGCUCGCGGCGGCGUCAGGCCCGCGGUUGGGCGCGAGCUGAGUGGCCAUGCCAGGACUCUCCAGCUCCUAGGAAAUAAAGAUCGCGUUCAAGGAAGCGUUGAGGCCGCCCGACUCCCCCUCUUCCCGCAGUAAAGAUGGCGGCGCCCUGAAAGUACACGACCGGCAAACCGCUUCCGCGUUUCUCCUGCGCCCUUGUUCAAGAUGGCGGACGAGGCCACCCGGCGUGUCGUGUCUGAGAUCCCAGUGCUGAAGACGAACGCCGGACCUCGGGACCGGGAGCUGUGGGUGCAGCGCCUCAAGGAGGAAUAUCAGUCUCUCAUCCGGUAUGUGGAGAACAACAAGAAUGCAGACACUGAUUGGUUCCGACUGGAGUCCAACAAGGAAGGGACUCGGUGGUUUGGAAAAUGCUGGUACAUCCAUGAUCUCCUCAAAUAUGAGUUUGACAUCGAGUUUGAAAUUCCUAUCACAUAUCCCACUACUGCGCCAGAAAUUGCAGUCCCUGAACUGGAUGGAAAAACAGCCAAGAUGUACAGAGGUGGCAAAAUAUGUCUGACUGAUCACUUUAAGCCUUUGUGGGCCAGGAACGUGCCCAAGUUUGGACUGGCUCAUCUUAUGGCUCUGGGGCUGGGUCCCUGGCUGGCAGUGGAAAUCCCCGAUCUGAUUCAGAAAGGUGUUAUUCAGCAUAAAGAGAAGUGCAUCUGAAGGAUCAAGCCACUGAUGCUGGACAGGGGACCUUUGAGAGGCUACGAUCCUUUUUCCUGUGUGUCCCUUACUCAUCCAGUGCUUCCCUCACACUCUUUCACCCACAACUGUUAAGUAGCUGCAGCAGGCAUUGCUGAAAAAACCAACAAACAGUAUUGCUCUGAAUGUCUAGCAGGGAGGGGGAAGCCUGGGGCUUUGGAAUACCAAAAGGCCACUUAUGACCCCUCCCCAGGGGGAGCAAUGUGAGGUCCUGAAGGACAGCAGGUGACAGAAAGUGGGUACAUGGUCUUUUGAUUUUCGGAGAUAACUCAUCAAUAAAAGCUGCUUCCUC